CUCCCCACCCACUGUCCAAACCCCGAUGCGGCGGCCUCCACCCACCCCAACCCCGUGACCACCCGCCGCCGCUUCUCCCGACCCCACCGCCAUGCCCUCCUACGCCGCCGCCGUCCCGCGGCCGUCGUCCCGGCCGUCCGCCUCCGCCUCCAGGCCCCGGAACCGGAAGCCCUCCCCGUCCCGGUCCCCGUCCCCCGCGACCGCGCCCAAGCCCAAGGCGGCGGCGGGGAGCUCCGCCCGCCGCCGCAGCCCGCUCUCCGACCUCAACUCCAGGGACGCCUCGGCCGCGCGCGAGCGGCCCGGGUGCUUCCGCUUCCUCCUCCCCUCCUCCGCCGCGUCGGGGUCCAGGUCCGCGUCCACCCCGCGGACCCCCAGGCGCCCCGACCCUAAGCCCCGGCCCGCCGCCAGGAGGCCCGACCGGCUCCCGGACCAGGAGUCGAGGACCCGCGGUCCGGAGCAACAGCCGCGUAGGCGUGGGCCGGAGCCUGGCGCCGGGACGAAGCGGUGGCCGGCGAGGGGGCGGCGGCCGGAGCAGCUCGAGGCGCUGACGCCGGAGAAGAAGGCGGGCCCCGGGGCCACGCCGCCGGCCGACGCGACGCCGCCUGUCCACGCGUCGAUCUCGCCCGAGGUGGCGGCGGCGUGCGGGUCCGCGACGCCGGCGUGCUUCGCGGCGGGCCACCACGUCCUGCCGGGCGUCGGGGACCGCCGCAAGUGCCGCCCGCGGGGCAUCCUGGCGAUCGCGGGGGAGGGUGGGCCGGCCAGCGAGGACCUCGGCGCCGAGCCGUCCCGCGCGUCCAUCCGCUGGCUGUCCUCGCCGUCGGGGGCCGAGGCCGGGACGUGCUCGACGAAAUGCGGCGGCGGCGAGGAGGCGUCGGUGAACUGGCUGGUGUCCCCGCGCGACGGGGGCGGGGUGGACCUGCUCGAGGACGAGAUCUUCGUGCCGAGGUGCUCCUCGGACGACGCGUUCUGGCGGUUCUCCCCGGACUGCGCGGGGCUGUUAGGCUCGCCGCUGCUCGGCGGGCUGCUGGACCUCGGCACGCCGGCCUCGGACAUGUCCUCGGGGUUUCUCCCCGUGCAGAAGACGCCGAGCAGCGGGGAUAGCAUUAGUCCCUUCUCGCUUAUUGUCAAGAGGGCGUCGGAGUCCUCUGCCAGAUUACGCGGUUUGUGUGCCCAGCAGAGUCUAUGCAGCAGCUACCGCAGCGGUUCGGCGGCAGAUCCGACACCAAUGUCCGGUGAGUCAUGGCCUGAAAGUGUCAGCAAUGGCACGCGGUCAGGAUUGACAAUGACAGGCAGUCGUCCAAUGAAGAUGAUGGAUCCAGUGCUGGAAUGCCUUGAGAUGAUGAGUUUGUCCCCGAGGCCCGGGGACGAUGACUAUGAUGGAAGCGGUGCGCUGCCUGCACCAUUGCCUGAGCUAAGCUUCCAAUUCACAGGAGCUCCAAUGUCUCUGGAAUCAGUAGACUUGUCCUUUUUUAAGAGGUCUCCACGUGACAUAGAAUUGAAGGGGAAGGAGACGAGUUUCAAGAAACCGGCCAUGGCAGAGACUCGGAUCUCCUGGCGAGAAGGGCUUGUUAGCAGAAUGUUUGAUGUUGGCGACUUGGAUUGCUGCAAAUGGAUAUCUGAUGAUGAAGAUUCACCAGUGCUUUCGCACAACGACGAGGCUUUGCCUGAUGGUACCAAUUCUCAGAGAGGUGGCCACCAACAGGAAGCAUGUGGCUUUGGCUCUGUUGAGUUCAGUUGUGUCGGUGAUGAACUGAACAACGAUAGCAGCAAGGCUUGUCCAAACCCGGUUUCAGUAGCCGAGUCCAUGAGAGCAGAAGGAUUCGAGCUCGUCUCAUCCGAUGAUUCUGACUGGACUCUCUUCUACAAGAAUGACUUGUAUGAGUCGUGAGAUAUCUGAACUCUGAACUGCAGCGGGCUUUCUCUGUUCAGAUGUUGUGUACCAAUUGUACUACUAGAACCAUCGCAAACACACGCGUUUGUGUUUGCCUCAACCUUGUACCUUUUUCAGCAUUUGAAGUUUUGCUUUACAUUCUUUAGCACUACAUGUAAAUCAUGUUGGUAGAUAGAAUUGUUUCUGGAAUAACCACUUGUGGUCCCUUUUAAUCCACUGGUCAUAAAAUUCAGAGAGCAUCAUGAGCAUAGAAGAGCUAUUUAUUUUUUUUUUCAACUUUGUA